AUGGACAUUGAGCCUUCUCAGCCCACAGAAGUCGUGGAUUCCGAAGUGCGCGGCUAUGUUUACAGUCUCGUUACAGCGCUUGGUGGCACUGCUGGUGAUGAGUCGGGGCAAUAUGUACUGGGCGACGAUGCGCUGGGCUGCCUACGUGACCUAAAGAAGUGGUUGAAAUUUUACGACGAUAAGCUGAAUCGUCUAGAUGUUGCGCGAUGUUUAGCGGAACGGCAACUCGUCGCCGGCGAUUUGGUACCGAUUAUAUCGCUGUAUAGUGAUACUGAAGAAAGCAAUAAGCAUAAGACAAGGGUUCUGCUAGCUUGUCUGGAAUUGCUCGUUCCAUUAACAUGGCCCGUCGAAGUACAUAACAAGAUGACUGUGAAUCAUCAUAGGCAUACUCCCUUCCUACAAUAUUCUCAAAUCGAAUAUAAACGCGAAAUCCUUGGGUUCACACCUGCCCCGAUCCUUCGCACGAUUAUCCGAAUUGGGCUGCCGUGUAUAGCUGUUCCGCGCUCCGAUAGGUCUAGUAGAGAUGAGGGAAUUAUAAAACUUAUGCUCUAUUUCUUUCGAAAUCUUGCUAUGGUUACUCCCUCUAAGAUUUCUGUUGACGGGGACGAUGAUCAAGCUUCAAGAUCAGCAACAAUAAAUGCAUUUCAGCAGCAGGAUGUCUUUGCCUUCUUGUUAACUUUGUGUUCUAAUAUGGGCAACGAUUUUACCCUUCAGGAUACUAUUAUUGUUGAGAUAUUAUUCCAUCUUGUUAAAGGUGUCGACAUCAAACAACUCUUUAGCCAUGAAAAAGAGUCUACAAUAAAUAAUGAGCUGCGAGACAUUUUACACGAAGAGUUUGAGCUAAAUCGAGGAUACGCCAAAGACGCUCCAACUAGACAUGGUCGCUUUGGAACCAUGAUCUGGGUGAAAAGGGAGGAUGAGAAAGUCUCUACUGUCUCCGGUCAGGAUGUGUUAAAGGGAGAAAGAGAAGCAUUUCUAAAAAUGGACAAAACGAAGAAAUGGAACGCACCCAGGUACCGAAAAGGAAUUUCUGAUCCCUCUUCUAAUAACUUCAACAUGAAAGUGACCCUCACGUCAUCAGCGGUGACACAUCUCCGAACUUUCGUGGAGGAAUUUCUGGAUUCUGGAUUCAACCCACUCUUUACUCACCUACGGAAAGUAAUUGAGCGCGAAGCGGAGCGUGUUACAGACUCUACUCCACGACACUUCUGGUUUGUUAUCUCGUGGUUUCUAGAGGCAGAACGAGCUCGUCGAGUGUACCAAAAGGAGUCCCGAAAGCAAAACAGAAUGGCAUCAAGAGACAUUGAGCCAGAUAGUUUUUCCCUUGUGGCUAGUGUACUUAAUCAAGAAACAUUUGUCAAUCUCAACAGAUACAUGCAACAAUGCAUUGACUUCAAGGAUUGGCAGGACUUGACGGCGGGUAUGAAAUGUUUCACACAGAUUCUUUUAACGAUCCAGGAAAUGGCAAAAUCAGAUCUCGAGGAAGAUCAAGAAAUCGCGGAAAACAUUCAAAGUCGAAUCUUUUACGAGGAAACAACACAUGACCGAAUACUGUUCAUCUUGCGAAAUUAUCAAAGUCAGGGAUUCUGGUAUCUAGAUGCAUGUACAGAGCUUGCACAUGUUUUUCUUAGAAUGCUAGAACAUUACUCGAAGCAAAAUGGCGAUAUGCAAAUUCGAUCACGGAGGCGGACGCGACAAAAAAGGGCUCAAGCCACAACUCCUAAUGGAAAUAACGAUGAAGACGGGGGCGAGCAAAAUUCAGACGAUGAGGAUAUGGCGGAGGUGAAUCGAGCCGCGGUUGAAAGAUCUUUCGAUUUUAAGAGAUUUUCUGGCAAAUUUUGCACACAAAAAUCGGUUGACACUUUCUUCUGUCUCGCAAAGUACUAUCGAGAGUUAAAUACAGAGCAACUGAAACGAGCUCAUCGGUUUUUCUAUAGGGUAGCCUUCAAGCAGGAAAUGAGUGUGCUCCUCUUCCGUGUGGACAUCAUUUCAUUGUUUUUUAAAUUAAUAAGAGGCCCCGAAGGACUCGACUCUAGCAAGCCAUCGUUUAAGGAUUGGGAAGAACUUGUCAGACAUAUAUUCAAAAAGCUUAUCAGAAAGCUUGAGCAGCGGCCUGAGCUCAUUGUUGAAAUGCUUUUUAGUAAAAUCAACUCCACCGCUUUUUAUUUGGAGUAUGGCCAUGAAAAACAAACACUUUCAUCAGAGUCCCGGCCAGCUACAGAGUUAGAAAUCAAACCCGGCAAUGCGUCUACCUUGGACGACAAGCUUCGUAUCGUUAUUGCUGCCCUCAUCCAAGAGGACAAGAAAGGUCUGGUAUUAUGGGUUUGUGAUGUUUUGGACUCGGCAGCCAACGAAAGAUUAAGUUGGGAAAUGGAGGCUGAAGCAAGAGCAGAAUCCUCUGCUGACGAGCAGGUAGUGGCGCCAAAACCUCCUUCUAUCACCACAUUGCCCAAAGAUGAAGCAUGUCGCACUGCGAUGUUUAGAAAUGGGCGUUUACGACUCCUCAUGAUGUUGUCUGGAAUCGAGCUUCUUGGUGAAGACACCCUGGGCGCUUCGUGGAUAGUUCCAUCGUCAAUUUCAUCGUCCGUCUUGAGAGAAACUCAUGCUAUAGUCAAAAAGCAUAGCGAAAGUUCAUCCGAGACGGUCGAUGGUACUAACCCGCGUGAAUUACUCCGUCGAAGACGGAUUGCAGAUGCUGAUUCCUCCUACCAUGGGUACAUGGAGAAUGUUCACUUUGGGAGUGAUUCGGAAGGUGGAGAUGAUGAUUUCUUAUUUCCAGCAAAUCUUCCAGAAAGGGCAAAGGCUCUAAAGGCUUCGAAGAAGAAAAGACGAAGAAAGGAGAAGGGUGAUGCUGAUGGGGGUGGUAUAGACGAGGAAAUCCUGGAAGCCCGGCGGCAGGCCCGUGAAAACAAUGCUCUGGCGAGGCGAAGAAAGAUCAAAAGUGAUUUGUUUGUUCAUGCAAGUGAUGACGAGUCAGAUGAGGAAGCCGAUAGGGAAUUCUUCGCUAAGGAAGAAGAAAGAAGACAGGUUCAAGCCCAACGAGUAGAAGAGGCUUUGGAAAUAGACGUGCUUGAGGAUUCUUCUCCCAAGCCAAAAAAACGGGGCAAGACGGAUCGCAAACGUAAAUCAAGGGCACUGCCUGAGUCGGACAGAGAAGAAAGUAAUGGCAGCCCGGCGAAACGUCGACGCAGCGAGCGUUUUCCAGAGCCCAACAGCGAUGAGGGGCGCAUGGUUGAUGAAGUUUUGACCUCACCUUCACGUUCUCAUACGCCCCCAACAUCUGCCGAAGACGACCUUGCUCGGGGUAGAUCCCCUGGUUCGACCAUCUUUGCGAGCGUGGGUGUCGAUAGUAUGAUAGCCAAAGUCCGGCAGCUUUCUAAAAUGUCUAAUGACUUGGAGAGCGACGUUGCUGAGGAUGAUGGAGCUCCCGUGGCUGCGACCACUCGUCGACGACGCGCCCUGGUGGGACUUGUGGUGGACAGCGACUCCGAGUGA